AUGUUUCUUCCGCAUAGAUUGAAUGCACUGCUACAGAAUGGGGGACGUUUGCUCUUAAGACAACCAACGAGACGAGGAUUUGUUGCCUCCAAAAAUCUUUCACAAGGAGGCAACCAAUGGGCAUCUGAUGCCUCCACCUCAUCCGAUCGACCAGCCUGGUCCGAAGAAUGGAAGAAAAAUAACCUCGGAGCCAAAUUGCAGAAUGGAACGUUCCCUUCCACCUUAUUCUUUGUGGAAUUGGGUUUUGGAGUGGACCAGCAUGGUGACCGAUCCAAUGCCACCAAAGCUGCCAUUCGAGCGGUUCGAAAUUCCAUUGAAUUCAACAGCAUCCCUGGAGUCAUUGAACAUAUUCCCGGAGGACGCAAGGAAAUGCUAAUUCAUGUCAAACUUGGAAUACCGAAAGGGGCUAUUGUCGAUGUCAUGGAGGUUGCCAAAGUAUUUCCAUAUGGUAGACUCCUUCCUAUCGAAACAACAGUAGGCGGAUUGGAAUUUGCCACUGGACGGGUAGUCGAAGAGUUGGGAGAUAAAGAUGAUAUUGGUGUAUGUGUUGUAGCUUGUAUUUCUAUCGGUUAUGAUAAACCGGAAGACAAGGAUAAAACGUCACACAAGACCUUCAAUACAAAAGAUGGGCACUAG